CUGAGACAUUUUUAGCAUCAAUAACAUAACCUCUAAAUCGAUGUACUACAGCUUUUGAUAAACAAGAAAUUAGGCUGUUUUGAGCUGAAAAUGAUUGAAAUAACAUGCAAUGAUCGACUCGGUAAAAAGGUAAGAGUGAAAUGUAAUCCUGACGAUACAGUUGCCGAUUUAAAAAAAUUAAUUGCUGCACAAACUGGAACAAAAUGGGACAAAAUUGUUUUAAAGAAGUGGUACACUACAUUCAAAGAUCAUAUUCAACUUCAAGAUUAUGAAAUCCAUGAUGGGAUGAAUUUGGAGUUAUACUACCAGUAAUGAGCCCUAUUUUACUUUUAAGGAAAUGAGAUAUAUUAACAAGUGGUGAAGUGAUAUUUGUAGUUAGUUUUUGUUUAUACAUUCACUUUGUAAGCUUUUAAAAAAUAAAAUGUGAAGCAUU